GGCAAAGUUUCCGCGCGGCGAGAGGCGCCGGGCGCUGCGUGGCCGCGCGGUGCCGGGGACCCCGCCGCCUCCCCGCCCGGCCGGGCCAGGAUGGAGGCGCCCGCCGGCGCGCAGACCCCGCACCCGCACGACCAGCCCAUCAGCUUCGGUAUCGACCAGAUCCUGAGCGGCGCGGACCAGGACAGCGCGCCCCCCGCCCCGCGGGGCCCCGACGGCGCCGGCUACCUGGCCGGGCCCCCCGGGGGCCGCCCCGCCGCCGCCUACCCGUCGCUGCCCGCCUCCUUCGCCGGCCUGGCCGCGCCCUUCGAGGACGCGGGCUCCUACAGCGUCAACCUGAGCCUGGCGCCCGCCGGCGUGAUCCGGGUGCCGGCGCACAGGCCGCUGCCCGGGGCCGUGCCGCCGCCGCUGCCCAGCGCGCUGCCCGCCAUGCCCUCCGUGCCCGCCGUGUCCAGCCUGGGCGGCCUCAACUUCCCCUGGAUGGAGAGCAGCCGCCGCUUCGUCAAGGACCGCUUCACGGCAGCCGCGGCGCUCACGCCCUUCACGGUGACCCGGCGCAUCGGCCACCCCUACCAGAACCGGACGCCUCCCAAGCGCAAGAAGCCGCGCACCUCUUUCUCCCGGGUGCAGAUCUGUGAGCUGGAGAAGCGCUUCCACCGCCAGAAGUACCUGGCCUCGGCCGAGAGGGCGGCGCUCGCCAAGUCCCUCAAGAUGACCGACGCGCAGGUCAAGACCUGGUUCCAGAACCGGAGGACCAAGUGGCGGCGGCAGACGGCGGAGGAGCGCGAGGCGGAGCGGCAGCAGGCCAGCCGGCUCAUGCUGCAGCUCCAACACGACGCGUUCCAGAAGAGCCUCAGCGACUCCAUCCAGCCCGACCCGCUCUGCCUGCACAACUCGUCGCUCUUCGCGCUGCAGAACCUGCAGCCCUGGGAGGAGGACAGCGCCAAGGUCCCCGCCGUCACGUCCCUGGUGUGAGCCACCCGCGCGCGCGCGCACUGUCGCCAAGGACCGCCGCCCCAGCGCCCCCCAAACGCGGCGGGGCUCUUCGGGCCUCCCCCAGCCGGGCUGGGGAGGGGAAACCGAGGCCGAGCUGGAGGAAGGGGCCGCAGGGCUGCUGGGGGUCCCGGGGCGGGCGCGGGGGGGUUGCGGGGCUGGGCCCGGGCUCCCCCGCGGCUGCACAAUCGGAGCCCCGCGCCCCCGCCCGACAAGAAAGCGCCUUACGUUCAAGCGCCCCGGCCCGCCACCUUCCCCCCCGGGCCGGGCGCCUGUAUUAUACUUUGUACUUUUUGCCCACAUGUGUAAAUAAUAAAAGUUUUGGCUUUUUUCUUUCGAGGCCGGCCGCCUGCUCGCCCGCGGGGGCCGCCGGAGGAGGGGGUGCGGCCA